GUUAUUCAUUUACUUGUCCUCGGCAAGAAAGAAUAUAUCUAAAAUGCAUUUAUAUAAAAUUAUUUGCCUAAUUUGUUCCAUACUUGGCUGUGUUUCAACUUUAAAAGAUCCGAGUUGUGCUAUUGAGUUGUUUGGCCAAGGUGCUUGCAACACUUUGAUUACUCGAAUAGGAUAUUUACCUUGGGAAAACAUGUGUACUUCAAAGAAUUUUGUUGCAUGCGACACCGAUGGAACGUCCUUUGAGAGCAUUAAGGAAUGCGAAGAUAAAUGCAAAGAGUAGUCUUAUGGCUGUAAAAUAAAAAACAAUAUUAAAUAUUUCAAAAAGUCACAGCAAACUGGCUUGUUUGCUCACCGAUUUAAAUUUUAA